GAGAGAUCACAGAGAUUGGGGAACUGGAAGCCAAGGAUACGACGAAUGGAGAGACGACUUUUCAUGCUUUUUCAGGUGUGAAACUUGUAAUAUCGAUGUUUAGGUUCAUCAUGUUGGUUGUUGGAGCCUGACUUAAAGUAGCUAUCAGGCAACAUGUCUGACACUUUAAGUGGAGAUAGUGAGUCCCUCUCAUCAGCUACUCCAUCCGCCUCUGCCACGCCCCCUCUCAGCACGCCCAAACAUCCCAUCACCAUGGAAACAGACCUCCAGCAGACAUGUGGCAUCUGCAAGAAACGUUACUCUGAUCCUCGUCUUUUACCUUGCCUUCAUACCUUCUGUAGUUCUUGUCUCAAGACCCUGUCACCACACCUGUCAAGUAGAGAGGACCCAAGCAGUCCAGGGAGUUCAUUGAGUAGCUUAGGAAGUGGACGCAGCAGCCAGCAUAGUGUCAUUAUCCGUUGCCCAACAUGUGAUCUUGAGGUUGAUCUUCCGUGUAAAGGUCCCGAGUUGCUUCCUGUUGACUUUAUGGUAAAGAAGCAGCUGAUGUUGGAAUCUUUAAAGCCAGAGUCGGGAGAAACCGUCUGUGAUCUUUGCACGGAUAACGCCAAGGCAGUAUCUAGGUGUAUGGAAUGUAUGGUCAAUGUCUGUGGCUUUUGUGCUCAAGCUCACAAGCGACAACGUAAGACAGCAACCCACACUGUCCUCUCCAUGCAUGAGGCCCGUCGCCAUGGAGCAGCAUCCUUAAGCUGUCCUGUCAUCUGCCUUAAACAUCCCCAGGAAGAGCUGAAGAUGUACUGUGAGACAUGUGAUCAGUCUGUCUGCCGAGAUUGCUGUCUUGUAGAGCAUCGAGAGCACCUGGUUGAAUAUUCUGAGGAUGUCAUACAGCAUCAUAAGCGUGUCCUUGCUAACCUAGUUGCACGUCUUCAGCCCCACAUCCAGGCCAUUGGUGGUGGAAUUAAUUCCAUUAACCGUACCGAGGUGUCUGUCGCAGACCGGUCUACCGAACUCCACCAUGAUAUCAACUCCUACUUUGAUAACUACAUCCAAGCAUUACAGGCACACCGUCGAAGCCUUCUUAGCCACGUCUCCAAGGUCUGUGAAGGUCGUAUCAAGUCCCUCCAAGGACAUCACAUGCAAUUGCAGCAGCUCCUACGUGAUAUGCAGCAUUCUUGUAAUACAACAACCCAUGCUCUGUCAGAGAGUAACACCCAGGAAGUUCUAGCCUUGAAGCCAACCCUUGGCCAACGUCUUAGUGAGCUGAACCGAGUCUCGUAUCAAUGUACUCCUGGAGUUGAUAACAUGCUGAGAUUCAAGUCAAGGGCUAAAGCUGGCAAAGUGAAUGGAUAUGAAGUGCCUGGUGUCUUAGAAGUCAAACAACUGGAUCCAAUGAAAUGCUACGUGAUGGGGGAAGGAGUUCAUGAAGCAAGACAAGGUAUGAUAUCUGAGUUCCUUCUCAUCACUCAAGACAUCGAUGGUCAACCCUACAACAAAGGAGGGGAAGAUGUACGCGCAACUUUGGCUGUGGAGUCUGUUAGAAACAGGGUUGUGAAUUGCAGUAUAUUUGACGAGGAUGACGGUUCUUACCGCAUUGAAUACACUCCUCAAAUCCAUGCUACACAUACCCUAAGCGUAUUCUUAGACGGCCAACACAUAAAGGGUAGUCCCUUCAAGGUGACCGUACAUGAAGGUUGGAGGGAACACACUGGAAUUUGGCAUUGUUGUACAUUCUGCUCAAGUGAGGGCAGCAGACAAGCUACCUGUGCUUGCGGCGCUACAAUGCCAGGUGGAUUCAGAGGAUGUGGUCAUGGACACCCAGGUCACCCGGGUAAGUGGCACUGGUCCUGUUGUGCUCUCACUAAGCAAGACUCUGAGUGUCUCUGGCAGCACCCUCUCUCACCCCCGCGAGGAGCAAGAACUGACCAAGAACCAGGGAUGCAGGCAGGGAACCAGCUAGGGCCUAACGUCAACGCAGGAGCGCUGGUGAAGAAAGAGCCGGGUACCUUAGCCCUGCCGGGACCAAACAACACACAUGGGCAACGAAGAGGGGGAGGUCCAACUACAGGGGCAGAGACGUUGAGAGGAAAGGGGCGUGAUAAACAGGUGCAUACCAUAUCACUCUAGGCUGCUUUUUUUCUACAUGCACCAGAUUCAAAUGGCUGAACUGAGCUCUAUUUACCAGAUUUAGUUUUCGUAUUGGAGGUUUGUUUGUGGUUUUGAUUUUGAUUUUAAUUUAUUGUUGUUACUGGUUACUUUCAGCAUACUUUUGUAAGGACUGCCCAUCUUUGACAUUGGUUAUAUCUUCUGUAUUGGUGGCAAGGGUUGUUUCCAGAAAGCAAUGCAGUGGUGUGAAAAUCUUUGAUCCGAAGUGUUUAGUUGAUCAUACUUAUAUUUGUCGAUACAGAGGUACCAACCAGCUUAGACUGUAACUUGAAUGUUUCCUUUCCACAAAGUGCUCUCCUCUCAAAUUCUCAUGAGUUUGUAUUUUUCCUGUUUGUAUGUUCAACUGUUAGUAUCCUUUUGGUACAACAAUUGUUGUAAUUCAUUUUCCCAGGUCUAUCCCAUACAUUAUUAAUCCAAACAGUUCACUCUUUCACCCAGGAAUGGUGAAGUUCUUUACAAUUCUCAGAAUGAACCUUAUCUUGCGAAGGAGUUGUUCAUUUACUGUGGUUUCUAACGUUCUUAUUUUGAUUCUUAAAUUCUUGAUGCCCAGUACUGUCAUUCAAAGCGGGUGUUUUUCUCAAGAUGUGUAUCUGUGCAAUUUUUUCCUUCCAAUUCUCAAUCUAUGCAGAUAUUAUUGCAGCUGAUGUAUAUUCUCAAGGCAAUUUUCUUCCUCUGCUUUUUGUGUAUCAUAGCAAUGAAAGUUUCUUGGAAAAGACAGUGAAUUAUGUAACAAUUCAUCCAUGUCUAAUCAAGAUGUAGGCAUAAGAAAACUGUUGUCUAAUGUCUUGAUAUGAACAAAAUAUUACAAUACAUAUUGCAAUAGGCCAAAUUAAGUGUUUACUUGAUCCCAGCCUCCGAUGUUUCAUAAGUCAUACCCCUCCCCAGGUACCAACACCGAUUUCAUUGAGCUGGUGAAAGGGCAGAAACCAGACCCCCGAUUUUUUCAUAGACCCAAGGUCCUGCACCCACCAUGCCUAUUUAAGAAUCUGGCCCUCGCACUCAAAGUCCUCAGCCAUAAAGAAAUUACACCGUCAAACAAAAGCUGAGAACAAGUAAGCACCUGAAGGAGUUUGUCAGAUUCAAUGUAAAUUAUUGUAUUCAUGGAUGAAUACUGUCAAUGAAUUCAUUAUAAAAUACAUGUAGAUCAUUAACAUACAGUUGAUAUUGUGAAAAAGUCUAAUUCUAUCUACCAGAAUUUGAAGCCAUUAUUGUGUUUGCACAAUGCAAGUGUACAUAUGGGAAAUGUACCUUACAUGCCUCUUCAACCAAUCAGGUGUUGCUAUUUGCCUGAAUACUCGGGUACCUCAAGAAUUUGCUCAUAGCACUCCUACAUUAAUGGCAUCUCUUAGGAUUGCCUGAAUGUGUCUAUCAUAAUACCUAUUAUAUUGUUUAAAAAAAGGCUAUUUGCACCCAAAAUGAAUUUACAACAUUUGUAUUCAAUAUUUUCCAUUAUGUAAAGUUAAGUUACAGUGGUGUGUAUUUAGUGGCUUGAACCUUCAUAAUUGGGGACCUUAAUUUAAGAAAAAUCACUUCAUAAGUAAUUUUUACCAAAAUGUUCAUGCUGUUUAUUUUUUUUUUUUACAUAUUGAACAUCUAUUGCCAAAAUGAACCAAGUCUUCCAUAGAGUAUUCUAAACUACAUGCAUCUUCUUCAUAAUAGUCAUUACUCAGUGCCAAGCUAUGUGGCUUGUAUGUAGCAUGUUUAUAUUUUUUUAAAUGUUUGUUUUCGUUGAAAAGAUACAGCAGUGAACAAGGUUGAGACUGUGGAAAUCUAGCUACAUGUUACUUAAGAAAUGUGUCUCCCAAUUGCAGAAUGCAGCAUUGAAAUGUAGUGUUAAAUGAAUGUAUGUUCCACAUCCUCAAGCUAUAGUGUAUAGAUACUUAAUACUGUAUGUUACUAAUCGGUACAAUCUGUUGUAUAUUUUUACUAAUAACUUAUCUCCUGGUAUUGAUUUUCUUCAACUGUAAUCCCUAAAACUGUGGACAGUAGUCUUCCCAAAUCUAUUUUAAAAAAUGCAAUGCAGUCAAAUAGUGGCACAUUGCAUGUUCUUUGGAACCCAACCGAUUGUGAUAAAAUCCAUAAAAAAAUGCUGAACCCAGUGUUGGAUUUUGUAGGGUUUGGGAAGGUUAUGGUUGGUAAUAAUUCGUGUGGAAUGGGACGAAGAAAUAUGGUAUUGAAGGCUUUAGAUUUGUUAAACUAAUUCCUAACUACACGUACUUCUUUAAUCAAAUUAAGUGGUGUACACUGCACUGUAUUAAUUUUCUCUAAAAAAAAUGCACAAUUUAAAGCAAACAAUGCAGAUCUAAUUUAACAAAAUGAGUUUUAAGUAGGAAGAAGUUUGUGAUUAAUAUCAAUCGACUGUAUCAAAGUUUUGAUCUUAAUGCGAUAUAUGCAUGUGCUUGCGAGGAUUGUAACCCUAUAGUUACAUCCGGCGUAUAGAUAGGUAAACACAUGAAAGAGACACCGUACGAAAGUUUGAAGCCCGUUCCUGUUGGCUUUGGUCUUGGUCAGCGUGGAACUGAAUCUAUCGAUAUACAUGUACGUGUAUUCGAUAAAGUUUGUACUUUGUUAAUAACCUUCAA